AUGGGAUCGGAGACGUUCCUGGAGGUGAUCCUGGCCAUUCUCCUCCCGCCGGUGGGAGUCUUCCUUCGAUACGGCUGCGGAGUAAGUUUCCUCCCUCGCGCAUCUACGCCGCCGGUGGCGGCGAUCUUCGAUUUCUCUGCUUUUCCCCCCCUGAUCCGGCACGUGUCGCAGGCGGAGUUCUGGAUCGAUCUGCUGCUGACAAUCCUCGGAUACAUCCCGGGGAUCAUCUACGCCAUAUUCGUGCUGGUCGGAUAG